AUGCUCCAAUGGAAUGACGGAGUCCAUCUAAAUAAUUUUGACUCACUCACACCCCCAGCUCCAGCACCUGCCCAGACCCACUCACACCCCCAGCUCCAGCACCUGCCCAGACCCACUCACACCCCCAGCUCCAGCACCCGCCCAGACCCACUCACACCCCCAGCACCAGCACCUGUCCAGACCCACCCCCCCCAGCUCCAGCACCUGUCCAGACCCACUCACACCCCCAGCUCCAGCACCUGCCCAGACCCACUCACACCCCCAGCUCCAGCACCUGUCCAGACCCACUCCCACCCCCAGCUCCAGCACCUGUCCAGAUCCACUCACACCCCCAGCUCCAGCACCUGCCCAGACCCACUCACACCCCCAGCUCCAGCACCUGUCCAGACCCACUCACACCCCCAGCUCCAGCACCUGUCCAGAUCCACUCACACCCCCAGCUCCAGCACCUGCCCAGACCCACUCACACCCCCAGCUCCAGCACCUGCCCAGACCCACUCACACCCCCAGCUCCAGCACCUGCCCAGACCCACUCACACCCCCAGCACCUGCGUCACUCUCUUUGUUUCUCUCCAUAGGCAGCCCACACAACGUUCUCCAUCAUCACAUCCAGUGUUCCCCAACUCCACCACCCAGUGUUCCCCAACUCCACCAUCCAGUGUUCUCCAACUCCACCACCCAGUGUUCCCCAACUCCACCACCCAGUGUUCCCCAACUCCACCACCCAGUGUUCCCCAACUCCACCACCCAGUGUUCCCCAACUCCACCACCCAGUGUUCCCCAACCCACCACCCAGUGUUCCCAACUCCACCACCCAGUGUUCCCCAAUUCCACCACCCAGUGUUCCCCAACUGUUCCCAACUCCACCACCCAGUGUUCCCCAACUCCACCACCCAGUGUUCCCCAACUCCACCACCCAGUGUUCCCCAACUCCACCACCCAGUGUUCCCCAACUCCACCACCCAGUGUUCCCCAACUCCACCACCCAGUGUUCCCCAACUCCACCACCUAGUGUUCCCCAACUCCACCACCCAGUUUUCCCCAACUCCACCACCCAGUGUUCCCCAACUCCACCACCCAGUGUUCCCCAACUCCACCACCCAGUGUUCCCCAACUCCACCACCCAGUGUUCCCCAACUCCACCACCCAGUGUUCCCCAACUCCACCGCCCAGUGUUCCCCAACUCCACCGCCCAGUGUUCCCCAACUCCACCGCCCAGUGUUCCCCAACUCCACCGCCCAGUGUUCCCCAACUCCACCGCCCAGUGUUCCCCAACUCCACCGCCCAGUGUUCUCCAACUCCACCGCCCAGUGUUCCCCAACUCCACCGCCCAGUGUUCUCCAACUCCACCGCCCAGUGUUCCCCAACUCCACCGCCCAGUGUUCCCCAACUCCACCACCCAGUGUUCCCCAACUCCACCACCCAGUGUUCCCCAACUCCACCACCCAGUGUUCCCCAACUCCACCACCCAGUGUUCCCCAACUCCACCACCCAGUGUUCCCCAACUCCACCACCCAGUGUUCCCCAACUCCACCACCCAGUGUUCCCCAACUCCACCACCCAGUGUUCCCCAACUCCACCACCCAGUGUUCCCCAACUCCACCACCCAGUGUUCCCCAACUCCACCACCCAGUGUUCCCCAACUCCACCACCCAGUGCCCCAACCCACCACCCAGUGUUCCCCAACCCACCACCCAGUGCUCCAACCCACCACCCAGUGUCCCCAACCCACCACCCAGUGCUCCCCCUCCACCACCCAGUGUUCCCCAACCCACCACCCAGUGUUCCCCAACUCCACCACCCAGUGUUCCCAACCCACCACCCAGUGUCUCCAACCCACCACCCAGUGCUCCCCAACCCACCACCCAGUGUUCCCCAACUCCACCACCCAGUGUUCCCCAACUCCACCACCCAGUGUUCCCCAACUCCACCACCCAGUGUUCCCCAACUCCACCACCCAGGGGCGGACUGGGGUCAGAAAUCGGCAUUUCAAACAGUGGCCCAUGUUUUUUUCCCCCUUGA